CGACAGGUCGUUUGAAGCUCCCAAAUCUCCAAAGCCCAAAAAACUAGAAAGCUUUCUUCCUCCACCCUUCCACUCGCACCCUGUUUCUUCUCCAGGCAACCUCAACGAUCUACAAAUUUCUCUGGUAAUUGUUGUCUCUCGGUAUCUUAAACUUCAGUGCUUCGAUCAGGGUCAGUGAGAUUCAUCGUUGAAAUCCCAACAAGAUGCAGUUUUUUGGAGGGUCAGACAUAAGUCCAUCACCACCAGCACCAACUGCAUCAGGGAACAAUGCACACAUGAUGUAUGUCUUUAACAGGAACGGCGUUUGUUUGCUUUAUAGAGAAUGGAAUCGCCCACUUCACACUCUUAAUGCUCAGCAAGACCACAAGCUCAUGUUUGGUUUGCUCUUCUCUCUCAAAUCCUUGACUGCCAAGAUGGAUCCCACAAGUAUGGAUAAAGGAAACCUUGGGGUGCCUCAAUUACCAGGACAAGGUUGUUCGUUUCACAGUUUUCGUACAAAUACAUACAAGCUUAGCUUCAUGGAAACUCCUUCUGGGAUAAAGAUUAUCCUGAUUACUCAUCCCAAAACUGGUGAUCUACGGGAAUCCUUAAAGUACAUUUAUAACUUGUAUGUUGAAUAUGUAGUCAAGAAUCCAAUCUACACUCCUGGAGCCCCUAUCAGGUGUGAGUUGUUCAACACUUCUCUUGAUCAAUAUGUAAGAAGCAUUUCAUAGUCCCUCAGUCUACUCUUCAAACCAAGACCCAAGUGGAACUGGAGAUUUGGUUCUGCAAAAGUUCAGCGGAACUGCCUACUUUCCGUGGAUACUUUGUGACAGUAUGAUCUCAAGAAUGUUAUAGAAUUGUGAUGCUCUUUCAUUCUAAUUGGUGAACUUAGGCAUACAGUUUGGUGUUGAUUUCCAUUAUUAAGGCACUGAUUUCUGUGUCAAAAUCAGUGGUGAAAAACUUGGGGAGCAGGGAUAUUCUUAAUAUAAUCUGAGAAUCUAUCUGUUUUUAGUGAAA